AUGUUGCCCAACAAGUUCCCCAGUUCCCGACGAGGGAGCCAGUCAACGGUACGCAGAGCCACCUUUGGCAGCGAUACAAGUCUAGUGGCGCUGCGAUACGAGAAGACGGUGCAAGCUGAACCUCCCAUCCCCUUUGUCUCGCGAAACUCGAUCCGCUCAUCACGCCGGCCCUCGACCUCAUCGGCCUCUUCUCACCAUUCACACCAUUCACACCACCCCAUUGUCGUGGCGCCUCCCAUGUCCGCGGUCUCACCGCCCACCGAGGAGCACCCAGCCCUGCGCACCUCCACCUCGGCGCCGCCCUCGCCCUCGCCCUCGCCCUCGCUCUCGGUUUCACCCUCACCACGGGUGUCGCCCACGAUUACCGAGGAGUGGAAGCGCGACUCGGGCGUUGCACGAACCAAUUCGACAUCGACGUCGACAAUCCACGAGGAGGACGACGAGGACGAGUGCCGCGAGCCAGCUGGCGGCAAGCCCUGUAAAAAUGCGAGCGCAGCGACCCUGGUCAUGAUGCCGUCCCCCGUAUCGCCUACGGGGCGACAAAUUAACCACCAAAUGGAGGACCCGUUUAUGGACGAGAAUAGCAUCACAGCGGCACUGACGUCUGUGUGCUCCAUGUCGACUGUGUCAUCCAUCGUGGCCAGCGCUCGCUGUCCCACGCCGCCGCAAGCGUCCCUCUCACCAACCGCGGCGACGCCUCCUCAGCCUAUUCCCACGUCUGCGCCCAAGGCCAAAACCCCGUGCACCCCGUGCUCGUCGGCCGCCGCAUCGCCGCCGUCCUCCUCACCGUCAUCGCCGCGGUCGUCGUUUUCGUCUUCCCCCCGCAAACUUAAGGGUAUCAGCUUGCGGUCAGUGUCGCGCUUCAGGGCACCGAGUUUGACGCAGGUCCUAGCGCCCAUGCAGCCCCUGUGGCGGGGCUCCGAGCCCCAGUCGCCAGCGUCCCCAGCGUUUCCAGCGGGCUCACAGGCGACGGCCACAGAGGGCUCAGGGGCCCCAACCGCCCCCACCGCCGUCCCCGGCACCUCGAGCGCUAGCGCCGCCUUUGCUAGUGAGGAGGCUCCCACUACCGCGCCUGCUACCGCCACAACUCGGUCCAAGCUCACCAAACAGAAGCAGAAGCACGCGCUAUCGUCGUCUCCCAAAUCUCCUUCCCGCUUCUGGCACAGGCGUGAUUCGGCCUCCACCUCAACUACCACCCACUCAGCGGACCUCCAACCCUUUAUCCCCCUCGACAUCUCCAUCCCUAGCGACAGCCUCCUCGACGAUGAUUAUUUCCUAACCUCCGUCUCCUUCUCCAACCGCGGCAGCAUUAUGUUUGGUGCCCACGACGCCCCGGCCAUCGACGCCAAAACUCCUACUGAGACUCACGAUACCUCUUCCCCUGACCACCACGACGGACGCACCACGCCCACGGUCGCUGCCCUGUCGCUCACGCCCACUCCUACAACUCCCGCUACUCCCGCGUCGCAAUCGCUGGCGCGCCCCAGCGUCGACACGGUCGACACCGACAACGAUGAGAAAUAUACCGAGGCCGCUGCGUCUCAUGGCGGCUUGAUGUCGCCUCCCGACAUUCGCGUCUUGGCCGCCGACGUGGAGAAGGAAUCUCAAAAGGUGAGAUCGCUCUAUGAUGUUGGCGAUGGCUCCUUUGGCGAGCCUGGCUCUAGACGCUCGUACUGCGAGCGCCUCGAACCGACUCCCGAGGCGCCGUCUGAGGACUUCGACAAUGACCCCGCUCCAGAAAGUCUAGCCGCUCAGGCUGUUCCCGUAUCUGGAAGUUCUUCGUCCCUUCACUACGAUCUGCCCAAGUCGCAGCUUGAAUACAAUGAUGGCCUGGAGGACUGGGAAGACCUGGAGGGCGCUCGCAUCGAUCGAUAUGGCUUCAUUACACUGCCCCCGCCUCCUGCUCCGAGAGAUUCAGCCUCGGAAUCUAGGUCGUUGCCAGGCUCGCCAAGAAAGAAGCGCAGCGUCCUCCAGAGGCGAGACCACACCGGCCUCUCGGUGCGGCGCAUCCCCUCCAGGAAGAUGUCUGCUCGAUCACUCAACACGCAGGCAUCCGAGAUGUCGGUGUCGCCGUCGCUGAGGUCGUCCAGAUCCGUUAUUCGCCAGGCCAGCAACCUAUUGCCACACAACCGUGAUCGGCGAUGGAUGGAUGAGGCGGGAGAGAUGCUCAACACAACUCCCAGCCUGCAAGAUAUUGUGGAUGAGGUUAAGACCGAGAGGCUUAACGACGUUAUGAAACGAAAGGAAUUAGAGAGAUCUGAAAAAUGGAGGAGGAUGGCCAAGGUCGUCAACAAGGACGGCCAAGGUCAAGGAAUGGGAUUCGAGUUCGACGUUCAGAACCCGAAGCUCAUUGAGAGAACGUGGAAAGGCAUUCCCGACCGAUGGCGGGGAGCUGCUUGGUGGUCUUUUCUUGCCACGAGUGCCAAGGAAAACAAGGAUUCUGCAACCGAGGAGGAGAUCGUCGCCGACUUUCACAAGCUUCAGCUACGGAGUUCACCAGACGACGUCCAGAUCGAUCUGGACGUCCCCCGGACAAUCAGCCGGCACAUUAUGUUCCGACGACGAUACCGUGGAGGCCAGCGACUCAUGUUUCGCGUCCUUCACGCCAUCUCUAUAUAUUAUCCGGAGACGGGCUACGUCCAGGGAAUGGCAUCUCUGGUAGCGACGCUCCUGUGCUACUUUGAUGAGGAGAAAUGUUUUGUCAUGGUCGUGCGCUUGUGGCAACUCCGUGGGCUUGCUCGUCUCUACCGGCCGGGUUUCGAGGAGCUCAUGGCUGCCAUGAAAGACUUCAACGACAAUUGGCUCAACAAGGAUGUCUCCAAAAAGCUGGAAGAGUUGUGUAUCGACACUACUGCGUACGGGACCCGAUGGUACCUCACGCUCUUUAACUUGUCGAUUCCCUUCGCAGCCCAGCUACGAGUGUGGGAUGUGUUUCUGUUAAUUGGAAAUGACUCCUCCACUCCCGACGACUCCUCUUUAGAGCCUUCAAAGUCCGACGCUACUAUGGCUCCGAAAGUGGGCGAGUACGACGUCCUGCACGCAACGAGUGCAGCACUCGCCCAAGCACUACGCGAGGUGCUGGUAGAUUCGGAUUUUGAAUACGCCAUGAAGGCAUUGACCUCAUCGAUUCCGAUCAAGGACGAGGAUCUCCUAUUAAAGGUGAUGAAGGCAGAGUGGAAGAUCCACCACGGCAAGAAGAAGGGCUAG